AUGGAGAAAGAUAUGCAGAACCAAGAUAACGACUAUGAAGGUGAUGGUCCAAGAUUAACAUUUAAACUAGUCGGUCAUGCGAAUUUCAUAAGAACAAAUCCAAAAUCCGAUCGAUUUCGAGUCAAACACUUUCACCACCUUGAGUUUUGGUGUACUGAUGCAAUCAAUGUGGCUCAACGAUUUUCUUACGCACUUGGCAUGCCGAUUACAGCAAAAUCUAACCUUUCCACAGGGAAUACGAUACAUGCAUCUUAUCUUCUCCAUUCAGGUGAUCUAAACAUACUCUUCACAGCUCCUUACUCUCCCUCAGUAGCUGAAAUACCCAUGCAAAAUAUUAUAAGUAGCGCUGCCUCCAUCCCUACCUUUAACUAUUCGGCGGCAUGUGCUUUUUCCACUUCACACGGUCUUGGUGUUCGAGCAAUUGCAGUGGAAGUCGACGAUGCAGAGUCUGCAUUCAAUAUCAGCAUUUCUUAUGGUGCCAGACCGUCACAUCCUCCUUUGGAAGUCAAUAAUGGUAUAAUCAUCUCAGAGAUUCAACUCUUUGGCGAUGUUGUACUGCGUUUUAUUAGCUUCAAAAACUCAGAUCCUGGUGUCAAUUUCUUACCAGGCUUCAAAGACAUGAAGGAUGGCGAACCACUGGCUUCAAAAGAUAUUGAGGAUUUUGGGAUACGAGGCUUGGAUCAUGUAGCAGGGAACGUAAUGAGUUUAGCAGAAGUUAUCACUUAUGUCAAAAUGUUUUCUGGGUUUCACGAGUUCGCGCAGUUUACCAUAGAUGACAUAACGGGAGUAAUUGAGAGCGGGUUGAAUUCGACAAUGCUGGCGAAUAACGAAGAAUCAGUGUUGUUAGCAAUAUCAGAACCGGUUUAUGGUACAGAAAGAAAAAGUCAAAUUCAGACGUAUCUUGAACACAACCAAGGUGAAGGGGUAUGGCACAUCGCAGUUGCUAGUAAAGAUAUAUUUACGACAUUGAAAGAAAUGAAAAAAAGAAGCCGUCACGGCUUUGAAUUCAUGCCACCACCCCCACCAACUUACUACAAAAGUUUAAAGCAUAGAAUUGGAGAUAAUGUUUUGAAAGAUGAACAGAUAAUAGAGUGUGAAGAGUUAGGGAUUUUGGUAGAUAAAGAUGAUCAAGGUGUUAUAUUACAAAUCUUCACCAAGCCUGUAGGAGAUAGGCCAACAGUACUCGUAGAGAUAAUACAACGAAUUGGGUGCAUGGAGCAAGAUGAAGAAGGUAAUAUUAUUCAGAAAGGAGGAUGUGGGGGAUUUGGAAAAGGAAACAUCUCAGCUCUUUUCAAAUCUGUCGAAGAAUACGAGAAGAACAUUGAGGUAUCACGGCAUGUAACCCAGAAUUGCCUCGUCAUCUAUUCGAGAUGGACCAACCAAAGGAUAUUUUUGAAACGCUCUGUUAUCCCAAUAAGCACAUGA